AUGCGCGCGGAAGCCAAACAUGAGUCUCCAUCAAGCGAGGGAUCGCCACCCCCAAAGCAGGAUCCAUUAGAGAGAAGAAGAUUACAAAAUCGUCUAUCGCAACGAAAUCACCGCCGCAAGAUCCGAGAUCGCAUUGCCAAGCUACAAGAACGGGUUAUCGCGAACGAACUAAGAGCCGCAGCAUCGCUGAAUGGCUGGGACCAGACAUAUUCCCAAUCGCUCAUAUCCCCUCGACAUUCGUAUCAGGAGACAGAAAUAUUCUUUGGCUCGCGCGACUCGCCGCAGAGCACAGAACCAUCUACGCCGUUUUUUUCACCAUACAUGUUUUCUAACCCGACAUAUUCAACCGAUAUACACCUUUCCCAAUCGCCAGAACUUUGCGCAGACCCGUUCCGGCAUUUGGAGUCCGAGUCCUUGGGCUCUACAGCGCAAAAUACAAACGGUUAUGAAUUCGAUUUCAUGGGAAAUGAACAAGAUGUUGAGAACUUCCAUGAUCCAUGGGGGAACCUGAACACGAGAAGUUCUAUCAUGGCCGAUUCGCGAUCUGGAUCUACCAUCAAUCAGCCUAAUAUCUACGUUGCAACAGCACCUUGGGCGUGGCAACAAAUGGGUCACGGAUGA